GUGGCGUUCAGUCUAGUGAUGGCGUCUAAACAAACCUGAGCGGAUUUGUGUUUCUCCUUUUGCUGUCGCUCUUUCACUGGAAUUCCUUCACUUGAAAUCGACCUCCUUUUCAUUUUUGAAGCCUUUUUUCUUUUUUAUCGUUGUUGGGGAAAAAAGGACAUCGAUGUAAAUGGAGGAAGGAGAGCGUGCGGCGGGGGCGGCACCGGCCAGUCAGGGAGGCGGAGGAGGCGAAGAUAGCGGUUCUCAUGCGGGUAUUCUGCACGGUCCGGAGCCUAAUGAAGUGGGGCUGAAGAAGGGGAUAGCCCCUUGGGAACACGGACCACAAGGGUCGCGGUUGACUGGAAUCCGUGUGUUGAAGCGCAAUAUGAAACGGAAUGGAAGCCGGUCCUGUGUGACGCGGAAAAGCCGGUUUGGCUCACGUGAACGUGAUUGGCUAAAGGAGGACCGACAUCGAGGAUGCUUAUAUGUAUAUCGAAGUGGAGAACCACAACAAACAGUCACCGUUCCAUCUUCUUCCACCUCCUCCUCCUCCUCAAACACUUCACAGUCUGACUUACGACUUGUGCUGUGUACUACUGAUAGCACUGUAGCAGAACUUUGUGCACAAAGUGAUAUUGAAGGAUUGUAUCUGCAAAUGCACGGGGAUUUUGUGAGGAGGUUAGAUAAUUCUGAGCGGCCACUACAAAUCUUUUAUGAUUACCUGUCUGCCAUAGGCUAUGAGGAACCAGCGUGCAUACAAAAAGAAGCUGCCAAUUCUGAUUUUAGCUGCAUGAUCCGCUUCUACAGUGAGAGACCCAGCAAUGCCGACCAGCUUGAAUGGAUCCUGCUCAAAGGCAUUUUUAGUGUGCGUAAGGGAAAGACUCAGCUUCACAAAUGGGCAGAGCGACAGGUUAUACUUUGUGGGACUUGCCUCAUUGUAGCCUCUGUUAAGGAAAGUUUCUCAGGAAAGAUGCACAUUUUGCCUCUGGUUGGUGGGAAGGUGGAAAAAGUUAAAAGGAGACUACAUUGCCUUAUGUUUAGUUCUGCUGGGCCUCAAGCACAAGCUUAUUUUGUCAAUUUUGAUUCACUUGUUGAUUACCAGAGGUGGUAUCGGCAGGCUUCUAAGGUUGUGUCUCAAACAGCUAGUGUUGUGGAUCUCUCCUGUUAUAGCCUAGAAGAAGUUCCUGAGUACCUCUUCUACAGCCAAGACAUCACACACCUAAACUUACGCCAUAAUUUUAUCCAAAUUGCAGGGUUGCACAACUUCAGCAGAUUUUCACAGCUGAAGAGCUUGAAUCUAUCUCACAAUCAUCUGGGCCAAUUUCCACAAUCCUUGUGUGAGAUCCUUUCAUUAACUGAGCUUAACCUUUCAUGCAAUGGGAUUGACCAGAUUCCUGUUCAAAUUGGAAAUCUACAAAGCUUGCAAACACUAUACUUGGAGGGGAAUCAUUUGAACUCAUUACCAGAAGAGUUGAGUCAGUUAUCUCAGCUCAUUUGUUUUAGUCUCUCCUUUAACGAUUUCACUGAGAUCCCUGCUAUAUUGGAAAGACUCACAAACAUGGAACGACUUUUCAUGGCUGGAAACCAUCUUGAAACUCUGCAUUUGGGAUCUUUACAUCCAAUGAACCAUCUCAAACACAUUGACUUUAGAUUGAAUGGCUUGAGAGAAGUAGUGAGUGAAGGUCUUGAAGCUGUAAAAAAUAUCACAUCAAUCGACAUGCGGGACAAUUGCCUCUCAGAACUGGAUUUAAGUUCUGUCUGUUGUCUUGAACAGCUGUACUGCCAGCGUAAUGGUCUGAAGGCUCUCAGUCUAAGUGGGUUUGCUUUGCGAGCCUUAUAUGCCAGCUGCAACCGUCUGGAAACAGUUAAUGUCUACCCUGUUCCCAAUCUAUUAACUCACAUAGAUCUUUCAAGAAAUCUGCUUGAAUGUCUACCACACUGGAUAAGUGAUACCAGAAAACUAGAAGUGUUAGAUGCCAGUCACAAUAUUCUUGUAGAACUAACUACGAGACUUUUGAGCAGUCUGAGCUUAAGGAAACUUCAUGUAGGAUAUAAUCAGCUCAGUACAUUACCUUAUUUGGUGGAUCACAUUCCUUUAGAAGUACUUGAUCUUCAACACAACAAACUAGUGGAACUCCCAGAAAACCUGUUUUACAAGGCCUUAAACUUAAGGUAUCUGAAUGUGUCAGCUAACUUGCUUGAGACGAUCCCCCCCUGCAGUCAGUCGGAUGAGAGUCUAAGUACUCUUCAAGAGCUCUACCUCACUAACAAUAAUCUAACAGCACAGUGUGCCACCCUGCUUGCUGGUCAUCAGAACCUUCGUGUGUUGCAUAUUGCAUAUAAUCAGCUGCUUUCUUUUCCUGCCAGUAAGUUGACAAAAUUAGAGCUUCUCGAAGAGCUGAACCUAAGUGGGAAUAAACUGAAGACAAUCCCAAGCACUGUGGCAAACUGCAAAAAACUACGCACAUUUCUUGCUCACUCCAACCAUGUUAGUGUUUUUCCAGAUGUACUGAGCCUGCCUGAGAUUAAGUUGGUGGAUCUGAGCUGCAAUGAACUGACGGAGAUUGCCUUGCCUGAAUCACUUCCUCCAACACUCCAAGAACUGGAUUUGAGUGGUAACACAAAUCUUAUUUUGGAGCACAAAACCUUGAAUCUUUUCAGCCACAUUCCCACUUUAAAGCUGGACCAGAAGCCAACAAGUCUGACAGGUGACUCUAUAGGAUCCUCAACUCUUUGGAACCAUGGAUAUUCAGAAAUGUCUGGACAGAGGAAUAAGUUGUGUUUAUCAGUGUUAGCGAUGGACAAUUUUGGAGAUAAUGUGGAAGCAACAUACGCUAUCUUUGAUGGUGAUCGAAAUGAGGAGGUACCUCGUCUCUUGCAGUGCACCAUGGGGGAUGUGUUGUUGGAUGAAACACAACACUCAGCUCUUGAUAGCAUCUACAUGACCAAUACCUUUCUUAGUUCACACAGGAAACUUGGUAUGGCUGGGCAAAAGUUGGGAGCAUCUGCUGUGCUCUGCUAUAUACAUCAUGACCCUGCAGAUCCUGGGACCUACUUCAGCCUGUCAGUAGCAAAUGUUGGCACAUGUCAAGCAUUGUUGUGCCGUGGUGGGCAGCCUCUGCCACUCUCUGUUGUAUUUAGCCUGGAACAAAGCCCAGAAGAAACCAGACGCAUGAAAGCCAAUAAGGCCAUCAUUACAGAGGACAACAAGGUGAGUGGAGUUACAUGCUGCACACGUCAACUGGGCUGCUCUUACCUUUUUCCAUGGGUCAUUCCUAAACCCUGGGUGAAGACAGUGCCUCUCUGUGCCCAAGAUGAAUUUCUAAUUCUUGGAAACCGUGCGUUAUUUGAAUGGAUUUCUUACCAAGAGGCUGUAUCAACGGUGCAGGCAAUGCAAGACCCCAGAGCUGCUGCCAAGAAGCUCUGUACUCUUGCUCAGAGUUAUGGUUGCCAAGACAAUGUGGGGACAGUGGUUGUGUCCCUUCAUAUCGGGGAAGACAGCUGCACAUGUGAACUGCCACUGCCCACAGUGGCUGGAUGCACUGGAACAGCACCAGCUAUCUAUCCAAACUCUGUGCUGCUGGCAGACCCUGCUACCCCAUCUUCAAGUAGUGGUAUAGCUUCAGAAUUUAACAGUGAAAUGUCAGCCUCAGAAGUAGGCAGUGAGGCAGGCUCAACUGCUUCUGAUGAGCACUUGGCAUUAGGACUCACCUCAAGACCAGAGCGGAGAUGCAGCCUCCACCCGGCAGCUUUCAUUUGUGGUAUUGGAAGUAUGGGCAACAAUCUGGAGCUUUUUCAGAGACAACCUUCAUGUGCUACCUUUUCCAGCAACCAGUCUGACAAUGGACUGGAUAGUGAUGAUGAGACUCCCUUAGAUGGAGUCAUUUCUAAUGGCAGUAAGCUAGAAGUUGAAGUGGACAUCCAUUGCUGUGCAUUUCGGCUACGAGGAAGCAAAGAAGAAACUAGUGUAGAGGAGAGCACCUCCGAGGAACAAAAACAGGCAGCACAUAAGAAGCUAGAGGAAUCUGUGACUGUUAGUUCUACGAGGAUUGCAUGUAGACUGCGACGACAAAGCAGUAUUGGAGUACCAACCAAUACCUGCCAUCUCUCAGUGUGCAAAGAAAUAUCGGAUCUUAAAAAAUCUCCAUCCACUUCCAGCCUCUUUGGAAAAAAACUCUCAAAUGGCUCAGUGGUUCCUCUUGAGGAGAGUCACAAUGCAAUCGAAGUAGCCUUGGAGGCCCCAAAGAAGAAAUCAGGCUACUUUGCUGCACCUGCUCAGCAGGAUCCAGAAGAUAACUUAGUGGUGCCUUCCAAUUUAGAGCAGGAAGUACAAGAUCAACUUAGGCUUUCCAAUCCAAAUUCCAUGCCAACACUUUCACAGCCGCCAUCUACAUUAGAACAUUCAGAAUGGAAUGAAACCAAUUCUGGUAAUCAUCAACAACUUCAACUGGACCACAACUUCACGAGUACACACCAGGAAGUUUAUGAUACUGCAUUGUAGCAAACAAAUGAGAUGUCAGCCCCCUGACGUUGACAUGACAGGAAAUAGCACUUGUGUCUAAAGGUAAAAUAUCAAGUGUAACAUGUCAUUUCUUUUUUAUUUAUAACUACACAAAUAUCAAUAGAGAAACUAAAAAAUGAGCAUAUAUUGCGUAAAUGCCCUUUUUCUGUUUUUCUUUAAGUUUUUGGUGCUGGCUAUGUAUUGUUUUAGUUAAAAUAGACGUGGAAGGCAAUUCCUGAUUGUAGGCCUUAAUUUUUACAAAGGAAAUCUCAGAAUAUCAAACAACAGGAGAUAAAACUGAAAGUUUUCACAGACAUAACUGACAUUUCAUUUGUAAAUGGGUAUGUUUAAAAUUGUGUCAUAAUGAUACAAGCUCAUGGGACUUCAGAAGAGAACAGAGAUGACCUUGAAGAUGUGCUGUUUACAGCCAUGCUGCAACAACUUCUUUCAUAGGAGUAUUUUUUCUGGUGAUUGAGCCAGCUCACUACUUUUUGUCACUUUACCUACUGUAUCAGGGAGGAAGAAGGAACCUAUUUUUGGGAAAACGUUAUGUAGAUUUAAAAGUAGGAUGAUGGGAGAUGUAAAUGGAGCAAAAUGGAAAGUUAAACUGCUACUUGAAUCAAAUCGCUUCAAUCCCUUUACAUUUUCAGUUGGAGUAGUAAAGAGAAUACAGUGAAUGAAAUUAUUUUCAUUAAAAAGAACAGAACAAUAACUUAAAAGUAACAUUUGUAAGUAAUAAUUUCUUGAAAGUCUUUGCAUUACCCUGGUACAUUUUGGAAAAUGUAUUAAUUGAUUAGUGUUCUACAAUGAAAAUACCAAUUGUUAAUCCAGGCAGUGCUAACUAGUACACCGAGGAAGGUUAUGCAUAUUUCUCGACGACAUUAAAAUUUUACUGUUGGCAACAAAUGCAUAAGAACAGUUUUGCAUUAAAUAAGUAUAUGAGUAAAUAGAUAUGUUAUGCUAAACUGGUGAAGAAGUACAGCUGAUUCUCAAAAGUAUUUUAAAAAACUGAUGUAUUUUCCUGUUAAACACAAGGUACGUUGAAGCACCUAGAAUUAUACUUUUGGGAUCUAAAGACACCAGGAUGGGAUGCAAGGUUAUAUCUUAAAUGACUAUGGUCACCCUAGGAUGGCCAUCUUCCACACUACAAUGCAUUCUGAAAUCAUAUUUAAACCCUUAUAAAAUCCCAAUAUGAGGAUUUCUUUUUGUACAUGACAAAAUCCCCGGGAAGAAAUUGACUUGGAAGGCACUCAGUGACAGUAUACACACUGUGAAACUGGCACAAAAAAUCCAAAGUCAGUAACGAUUUGCACUAUGUACUGUAUGUACAGUAUGUCUAUUUCUUUA